AUGGAGUGGUUUAGGAAGAUGAUCGUCUAUCUAUGGAAUUUUCGCUACCUUCCAUUGAAAUAUAGGUGGCUCUUGAUCAAGCUGAGACGCCUCCUAAUCCCAACCGAGACGCCGCUUCACCUGCGUCACUCCGUUCGCUUCGCGCGCUCUGUUCGGCAUCCCCCGAUAAAGAGCCCGGUACUCUUUGUUCUGGGACUCUUGUGGCCCUUUCCAACCUGGAAGUUUGCCGCCGAGCUUCCGCUGCCGCCGCGGCUUCUCAUCGAGAACCCGAAGCCGGUUCACCUCAGGGGAGACGACCUGCACCUUCUUCGCAUCAUACCUCUGUGGAGCAGCCGCGAUACGCCAGAGCGGACUCUGUAUCGCAUGUAUGAAGCGGUCUGCGCGGGAGACGGCCAUCUCAUCGCGGCUGAGAUUCAGUACUUUUGGUGCAAACCGAGCUGGGCUACUGCCAACAUUGCUGACCCCGAAUGCGAAGAUCCAGAGCAAUACGCCGUUAUGGCGGCAACGGCGGAAGCCAUUGUCGAAUGCUUCAACUGCAAGAUAAAAAGGGGCCUGCGGCGCGAUGACCCUUUAUUUAUGGACGCCUACAAGGAGCCGCGUCCUGUUCCUCCUGAGGGCUGUCCAUCGUGGGCUUUGGCUGUGGGACCGCUGCCGGAGAAACUGUCCCUCGGCACAGGCAAUACUUACUACGAUAGUCCAUUCCACCGACGCAACAUUUAUACAUCUACCGGUGAUUUCUACUCUGUAUAA